GUGGUAGGACUUGUGGAGGAGCUGGAUUGGGAGAGUGGCAAAAAAAUAGAGACAUAAGUGACCCCACAGCCCUGGGGCUGAGCAGGCUGGAGAUGUGAGGACAAGUGGGGAGCCAGCUGUGGGUGGGCUCUGCUCUGCUCUGCAAGCUUGAGGUUGGGGAUUUCACUUUAGGUGGAGACGUCUGGUGGGCCGGGGUGUUGCUGGAGUCGUCUGUUUUAGGGUUCCAUCUGGGGAGACUGGAGUACUGAGUCAGGUGGUCUCACCUAGACUCUGGGCGAGUGAACUGCUCUACUGGCACAGUGAGCUAGUUAGGCACUGAGCCCCCAAUUCCUAUUUUAUUGUUGGGAGCUACAGACCCCUGUCCUUUUGACUUUCUUUGCCUGCCUCAGACCCUUUGCCUGCCGGAGUGAACUGAGCAAAACAACUUGUUUACCUGUGCCUGCAGCUGCUCUGAGCACGAGACCCUGAUGGCAGGCUUGGGGACCAGUUCUACAAGGAAGCCAUCGAGCACUGCCGGAGCUACAACUCACGACUGUGUGCCGAGCGGAGCGUGCGUCUCCCCUUCCUGGACUCACAGACUGGGGUGGCCCAGAAUAAUUGCUACAUCUGGAUGGAGAAGAGGCACCGAGGCCCAGGCCUGGCUCCGGGUCAGCUGUACACGUACCCUGCCCGCUGCUGGCGCAAGAAGCGACGAUUGCACCCGCCAGAAGACCCAAAGCUGCGACUCCUGGAAAUAAAGCCUGAAGUAGAGCUGCCCCUGAAGAAAGAUGGCUUCACCUCUGAGAGUACCACACUGGAGGCCUUGCUUCGUGGCGAGGGAGUGGAGAAAAAGGUGGAUGCCAGAGAAGAGGAGAGCAUCCAGGAAAUACAGAGGGUUUUGGAAAAUGACGAAAAUGUAGAAGAAGGGAAUGAAGAGGAGGAUUUGGAGGAGGACAUUCCCAAGCGGAAGAACAGGACCAGAGGACGGGCUCGUGGCUCUGCAGGCGGCAGGAGGAGGCAUGACGCUGCUUCUCAGGAAGACCAUGACAAACCCUACGUGUGUGACAUCUGUGGCAAGCGCUACAAGAACCGGCCGGGACUCAGCUACCACUAUGCUCACACUCACCUGGCCAGCGAGGAGGGCGAUGAAGCCCAAGACCAGGACACGCGGUCCCCACCCAACCACAGAAAUGAGAACCACAGACCCCAGAAAGGACCAGAUGGGACAGUCAUUCCCAAUAACUACUGUGACUUCUGCUUGGGGGGCUCAAACAUGAACAAGAAGAGUGGGCGGCCGGAGGAGCUUGUGUCCUGUGCAGACUGUGGACGCUCUGGUCACCCAACUUGCCUGCAGUUCACUCUGAAUAUGACUGAGGCGGUCAAGACCUACAAGUGGCAAUGCAUAGAAUGCAAAUCCUGCAUCCUGUGCGGGACUUCGGAGAACGAUGACCAGCUACUCUUCUGCGAUGACUGUGACCGUGGUUAUCACAUGUACUGUUUAAAUCCCCCCGUGGCUGAGCCCCCAGAAGGAAGCUGGAGCUGCCAUUUAUGCUGGGAGCUGCUCAAAGAGAAAGCCUCAGCCUUUGGCUGCCAGGCCUAGGGCCUCAGGUCACAGAAUGUGACAUGCCGCCAGAGAGGCUGACCUGGAGCCCUGUUCUAUCCAGAUGGAGCUCUCCUCCUGCACAUCCACACAGACCAACUGUAAGGAAAACAAGUAGUUACAGAAGGACAUGGACGCGCGGAACCAGGAGGGCAAGGUCUCGACUCGCCUACUGCCCUGCCUACGCCCGCCCUCCAGCCCCAUGCGUGGUAUCCAGCCAGUCCUUCCUCAUUUCUACCAGAGGGAGCUUGCACUUCUGAAGAACAGUUCAGCCCCAGCCCUGCGGAACUUUCCUCACGUUCACCUCACAGUGUAUCCCUCUCAUGGCUUCCCAUUUUAGAGGAAGCCAUUUUGUGACUGCUCACAAGCACUUGUGUUUUGAUGGUGUUCUUUCUUUUUUAAGUCUCUUGUGUUUAAAGAUCCCUUCACACAGCCUCUUCACCUUCAGCUUAGGCUCGUCAUCCUAAACUCUCACGGAGGAACAAAACACUGUGGAAAAGUUAUUAGUUAUUACGCGCUUCACCGGAAAUGUCUGCGUUUGGAGGCCAUCUUGAAGACGGAACUUGGAAACCUUUCGGUAAAGAAGUAGUUUUUCAAACCUCAGCAGUGGCUUCCACAGCUGGGAUGGUCUUGAUCCACUGAACCACCGCUUGAUGAGGGGUUGAGAGGGUCCAAGAGAUGGGAGGAAAAAACGGGGACCCAGGCAUAACCAGUUUGUAUUUGCUGUUCAACAAGAGAAGCUUUGCAGCAGACCCAGGGGUUCCUUGACCUUCACAACUGCGGUGUCCUUGAGAUGAGACAAACCACAGCCUACAAAUACAGGAAAGUGCUGAAGAUUCCCAGUGCCUCCCGACUGAGUUGAGUGUCAAGGCCUGGUUCAGUUUCCGCUGGUGGGAGUCAAGCAUCAGCGAAGCGGGCAAAGGCUGCCUGUUCAAUGGUCCAAUGUUGGAUAAGAGAGAGUGUAGCUUUGAGAAACCCUUCAGUGUUAAUGCUACACUGUCAAUUCCUUUCCCGGGCAAUUUCUUCCUUCCAUGUAGUAUAUGUUUGCCAGUGACUACUGAGAUGUGACUGAGAAUUUUAGAAUGGCGGAGAGAUGAUCAUUGCUUAACUAGAUCAUUGAGCAUGGUGAUUGCUUGUGACCUGGUGGCGGUGAUUCAGAGCCCUCGUCUGCUCUUGUAGUUGAAGCUCCCCCGUGUGAGCCGGACCCCUGUUUGAAAUAAGAAAGUUUCUAGAGAAAGAGGUGAUGAGGCCUCGAUUCCGAGAACUCUGUGUGCCCUGUGUGCCGGGAGACAGCCUUGUGGGCUGCAGUGGGGGUGGGCUGUCUUCGGAUCACGUCAACAGCUUGGUAACUGACACAUUUCUGGAAAAAUCAUUUGCCCAAAGGGCAGGUCUCAGUGAGCAGGACCCUCGCGCAUGCUCGGCUUCCCUGAAAUCAGUUCCAUCGCUGUGGUCCAGCAGCUUUGUAACAAAGGCCUGGGUUAUUUUUAGUCUUCGGCUCCUGAAGAAGCCCCUGGAGACCUGGGCUAGUUGGGCCACUCUGCCCAGAUGCGGCAUUGCCUCUGCCACUCCACAGGACUCGGCCUCCCCCUGGCUAAUUGCUCUUGGCACAUGGACCCGGGGCAGCCUGGCAUGGAUCCAAGCAGUGUGCUCCCCUGCCCCCAACUCCUUUGCAGAGUGACCUGUGGCAAGAGAGUGGGGGUCUCCUGCAGGCCCUGUGGCCUCCGAGCUGGUUACAUGCAUACAUAAUGAUCUCACUUAAAGGGCCCUUGUCCAGACUGCAGUUCUGCCUUCCUCACAGGCUCUCUUCUUCCUCCUGCUGGUUGCUGAGCCUGCGUAGAUUCUAAAGGCCCAGGGAAGGGUUGGAGGGGGGGUCAUCUCCACAGAGUACCACAUCCCCUCUUCGGACUCUGCAGGCUCGCUCUCUCUUCCCCCAUACCUAAAGCAGGGUAUCCUCAAAGGCUACUUACUUGGUUGAGGAUUCAUUUUAAAUUAAUUUUAGGGGGGAAAAAGGCCCAAAUGUUCUGGAAUGCUACACUGGCUUAAAGGUGGAAAAAAACCAAGUCUAAAACCCCAAACUGUGGUUCUGAGACUUGACAGGUCACCUUCUGGAGUGUGCAUGAGUCUGUUCCCUACAGAAAGGCGGAUGGGGGAGGCUUUCUGUUCUAUAUCCAGUCAUGCUUGCUCUGCCCAUCCAAGCUAAGGAGGAACAGGCCUCCCUAGCCAAGCCAAGGCACCAAUGGGAGCUGGGGGAGCCUGCCCACAGGGCUGGACUGGCUGAGCUCUGGGUUGCAUAAGGAAGGUUCCUGGGGUCCUGCAGAAUGGGCUUAGCCAUUCUGCUUUGGAGGUUUUGGUUUGGUUCCCCACGGAGGAAGUGGGGAAAGCAGAUCAACUUGUGAGGUGCCCUGUCAGGGUGCGACAGACUAGGUCUCCAGAGCCACCUCCUGUGUCAGAAGAAGAAGGCACUAGUAAAGUAAAACAGGGACCCGCUUUCUCCAUGUGCGGGAGUGAGCGGUGGUCACUGGUUCAUGGUUCUAAUGUCCCUUUUACCCUAGCAGUGUGUGGCCUUGGACAAAUCACUUAGCAUCCUCAAAUCUUGAUUUGCCCCUCUGUAAAAUGGAACUGCUGACACUUUCCUUUUCUUUUCCACACUGACACUGGGGAGGGCCCCCCCAAAGUAUAGUGUUGUAUAAACAACCAUCACCAGGGCCCAGCUUGCCUUGUGGGAACUCCAAAUGCUUUCUGACUCCACCUUCUUGUGAAUGCUAGCCAAAGCUAGACGCCCUCUUGGAAACUCCCGCUUGAUGGAAGAGGCUUCCUCGUCAAGGGCCAGGUUGUCUGUGGUCAGGGCUCCUAAGCCAGGGCUGUGGCCAUGGAGACCAUGGUUGGGCAUGGGUGGUAAUGGGAGGUGCUCAGGGGCUGGGGACUUGAGGAUGAAGAUACCAUAAAUGCAUGUGCAUGAAGACAGACAGACAGAAGCAUACAUACACGCAUGCACACACGUACACACACACACACAGCAUCAGCAUGAGUAACCACUUGGAAUGGGAGUUGACUUCUGUGGAGGGCACUGUGUUCUUGUUCAAAUGUAGCAUCACUUUCAAGCUGGUUAACUCUGGUCAAGUGACUUUGCCCCUCUGAGCCUUGCUGCCCACAUGUGUGAGGUAGAGAAAUACGGCCUGUUUAGAGAUCUAGCCUGGAAUAUUAGAGUAAUGCUGAUCUUGGAGUAUGUCUUGCUAAAAAGAGGGCCUCCUGCCUAUGGUAGCCACUGUCAUUUUGUGCAGAGGUCACACUAAGAGAAAAGAAUGAUGCGGUUGAACACCCCUCAAAUCCCCCAGCAGGGUUACUGUGUUCUAAUACAGCCUUCGAGCCUCAUAUGGUGACUGAAGUAGCCCUGCUGGAAAAUCAACUCUCAUUUCCUCUUCAACACUUUGGAGACCCUGCAUUUGGGGCCUGCAGCAAAUACAGGACAGGUAACCCGGUAAGGAAACGGGAAUGAUGCUCCUGACAGGGAACUGACAUUCCUGUCACCCUUCUCAGCCCCUCCUGAGGCAGAAGCCAGCAGGUCCCAAGAUGCUGCUGUAUGGCUUUGCCUCUGGGCCAGAUAGGAAGCAGAGGCCGACCUGUGGAUAACUGAGUAGGGGAGAGAGAGAGAGAGAGAGAGAGAGAGAGAGAGAGAGAGAGAGAGAGAGAGAGAGAGAGAGAGAGAGAGAGAGAGUCAAAGGAGGCUUAGCAGUGUCUGGGGAAGGAGGGUCUGGGUACCACUCUGGGUAUAUUUAGUCUUCAAGAACAGUUCCUUCCAGCCCUCCUAUUUAAAAGUCCAGGUGCUUCAAAGAAGAAAAACGAUCGUUAUUACGUUUCAAGUUCAGGAAUCCUAUGCAGUUGUCGUGGGUGGAAGAAAGAUCACCCGCAGCUAGGCUGCAGUGGGCUUGGAAGAGGGUGGUAGUUUCCUCUCCCAGCCCACAGGUGCAAGGCAGCCACGCUUGGCGCUGGUCCAGGCAGGGUCCUGAAGACGCUUGCAUGCCCUCUGCCUCUGGGUUUGGAAAUGCUGAGGUGAGAAAUCUCUCCCCUCCUCCUCACUAAUGUCCAUCCUUAGUCCCCCUUAGGGAAUUCCAAAGUCAUGGUCCAAGGGUCCAAGGCUAUGGCUCCUAGGCCAUAGCCACGCCCACAUGGCCACUGCAAGUGUUUGAGUCCCUGGCUGGCUGCUGGCAGGACCAGUAUACUGGUGACUGGUGUCCCUUUAGAAGGGCAGCAUUCCUGAGCUGGUGUGGGGGAUGGGGGGAGUCAGGGGUUAGUGAGAAAAUCAGGCAAAACCUAACAAAGAGAAGAGAGGGGAAGGAUCCUUGAGUGAGGGUGAGAGCCCCCAAAGGGAGCUGUUGGGGUUGUAAGCAGAGGGCCAGGGGGAGUGAAAAGUUACCUUAAUAGCCUUUUUCCUCAGUCCUGUGGUCCUGGAAAACAAAACUGUCUGAAAAAAGAAACAAAAGCCGAACCUUUACCUGUCUGUGAACAUUGAGCUGGCUUUCCUUCCUCUGGGCUCCUGGACUCUGGAUCAGUGUUGGUAAAGGGGGACUAUCUGAGGGCCAGGAGGAUGCUGGGCUCCCUGGGCUCUGGAUCAGUGUUGGUAAAGGGGGACUAUCUGAGGGCAAGGAGGAUGAGACCAGUGCCCCUCACCCAGUGGAAGUAGGAAGGACCCCACCCCCAGGCUCUGACCUGAGUCCGCAUGGAUUUUUCCCACUCCCACAGAUGAGUGUCCUUAUAUCUGGACAUAAGUUACUGAGGCCCCUGUGGUCUAGAUUGGCUAGGGGCAGGUGACAGAUGGCAGCAGAGUGAGCUUGAUCCUGUACUGCAGCCUUGGGCGUGGGAGCAGUUUUGGGCAUUGCUGCCGCAAUGCUUAGACCUAUAGGCCCUGACUCUAGCAGCUGGAGAGAGAGGCAGGGGGGCCUGGUCAGCCCUUUCCCCACCACCUGGCUGCUCAGACAAGGUUCCCUGUUCCUCGCUGUCUGCUGCCCACUUGGACCGUUCCAGGAGCUCAACUUUAUCUGUCACGGCUGAGGAAGGGGAGGAUCUCAUAGUUUUUAUUUGCCCCAAGUCCACAAGUCUCCCCACUGCCACCCCAACUGCACCGAAUCUAAUUUAUGAGCAAUCAGAAAGGCCUUGGGAGACCGUCUGUGAGUUAGCCUUUCCCCAGCAUUCUCAGGACUUGGGGCCUUUUCGAUCCUUUCCGAGGUCACAAUUUUCGGGCUUGAGUGUGGGAACAGCAGGAUGGAUGGGUUGGCUCGGGGUCUU